CAAAUAAGAAAAUUUAAAUUGCAGUCUCUGACAGUGCAUUUGACAUAUCCAGCGUUUGACAAUUUUUUGACAGCGUGUUUUAAGUGGAAUUGAGGAUGUCGAACGUAAUCGAUACGUUGGUUGAAAUGGGGUUUUCCCGGCGUAGGGCAGAAUUGGCUGUUGAGAAAACUAAAAGCAAUAGUAUCACAGAAGUUACUGAAUGGUUAUUAACUAAUGAGGAAACAGAGCAACCUCAAGUUGAACUUGAGCCAGCUCCGUUAGUGAAUGAAGUAAUUGAAAACCUGCACGGUGCUGCUACAAGCUCAGAGGAAACUGCCACAGCAAAAUCUCUGAAGUGUGAUGAUUGUGGUAAAUUAUUUAAGAAUCAAACAGAGGUUGAGUUCCAUGCAGCGAAAUCUGGACAUGAUAACUUCUCAGAAUCGACUGAGGAAAAGAAACCAUUGACUGAGGAUGAAAAGAAAGAACAACUUGCUAAAAUAGAAGCUAAGUUGAGACAAAGAAGAUUGGAGAGGGAGGAAAAGGAGAAACUGGAAGCGUUGGAGAGAGAGAAGAAGAGGAUUAGGUCUGGUAAGGAGAUGCUUGAGGCAAAAAAGAAACAUGAAGAUCUUGAAAUAAAGAAAAUUGUUGAGCAAAGGAAGCGGGAAAAGGAGGAGGAGCGCAUUGCUAAGCAGAGGGUUAUGAAGCAGAUUGAGCAGGACAAGUUAGCCAGGAAAGCUAAGUUUUCAAAUAGUCCGACGACUGUUGAAGUGGAAAAUAAGGCGCCAACGACUUCAGUUCCGAAACCCGUCGCCCAUAACUACACCGAAGUUAAGCUGCAAAUCCGCCUGACCGACGGUAAUACCAUGAUUCAAAGUUUUGGUGCAAAGGAGCCCCUAUCCGCUGUAAGGGUUUAUAUCGAAAUGAACAGAUCCGAUGAGCCAGGCUCAUUUUCUCUAAUGACAAAUUACCCAAAGAAAAUUUUUAAUGGAGAUGAUUACGAGAAACCAUUGGAUUUAUUGGGACUUGCCCCGACUGCUGUAUUAAUAGUAAAGAAGAUUUAAUAAGUGCUUUUAAUAUAUAUAAAUAUCAUUCUCUUACUGUUAAUUAUUUUUUGUACAAAGGGAAGAAUUUAAUUGCCCUAUGUUUAUUUUUUUAAUUUAAGCUUAUUUCUAUAAUUAUUAUUACGUUUAUUUUACAUAAAACUUUUUG